AUGGAUUUCUAUGUUGGAGAUACAUCACAUAAUGAUGCUGAAAAUUCAUCAUCGUCUUCUUCAGAUAUUGAUGAUUAUAUUUCAGAUGAUAAUGAGUUUGUAGUGGAAACACAAGCAGUUCAUCAAGCAUUAGCUCGAAAUAAGAUGGUUUUGCAGCAAAUACAAGAUCAACAUCGAGUUUCUAGAGGUGGCUCUGUUCUAGGUCAUGUAGUAAUCAAUCGAGAUCGUGAAGCGGCUGAUCGUAAUUUAUUUCUGGAUUAUUUUUCAGAUAAUCCACGUUUCAAUGAUGUAAUGUUUCGUCGACGAUAUAGAAUGUCUCGAAAUUUAUUUCUUUGUAUUGUCGAUGCAAUAAAAGCGCAUGAUACGUACUUUGAACAACAAAGAGAUGCAGUAGGUAAAAUUGGAUUAUCUACUCUUCAAAAAAUCACAGCUGUGUUUCGAAUGUUAGCGUAUGGUUUGCCGGCGGACGCUACAGACGAAUAUGUGAAAAUUGGGGAGUCCACUGCAAUUGAAAGUCUAAAGAGAUUUUGUCGAGCCACCGUUGAGGUAUUUGGUGAGCAGUAUUUGAGAUCACCAACUGGCGAGGAUGUUGCAAGGCUUCUUUAUAUUGGUGAGCAACGUGGCUUUCCUGGCAUGUUAAGUAGUCUCGAUUGCAUGCAUUGGAAAUGGAAAAAUUGUCCUACUGCAUGGGCUGGCCAAUAUACAAGUCGUAGUGGAUCGCCAACAAUUAUUUUAGAAGCUGUAGCUGAUUAUGACCUUUGGAUAUGGCAUGCAUAUUUUGGAAUGCCUGGCUCUAAUAACGAUAUUAAUGUUUUGGAGUCAUCGCAUUUAUUUUCCGACCUUGCUAAAGGUAUUGCUCCUCCCGCUCAUUAUAUUAUUCAAGGAAACGUAUACAAUAUGGGUUAUUAUUUAGCUGAUGGUAUAUAUCCGAAAUGGUCAACUAUUGUGCAAACUAUUCGUGAACCACAAACAAGGAAGAAGAAGUAUUUUGCAAUGAAACAAGAAUCAUGUCGAAAAGAUGUUGAACGUGCUUUCGGAGUGUUACAGUCACGUUUUGCAAUAGUUGCAGGGCCAUCACGUUUUUGGAAAAAAGAAGUGUUGCAUGAUAUUUUAACUACAUGUAUUAUCAUGCAUAAUAUGAUAAUCGAGGAUGAACGUGACCUUAGUGCACCUAUUGAAGAUGGUAGAGAAUUUUCAGCUCCAACUGUUGAAAUGGUUGUCGAUGAAACUACUCGAUUUGAACAAUUUUUAGCUCGACACAAAAAAAUUAAGGAUAAAGAUGCUCAUUUUGCACUUCGUAAUGCAUUAAUAGAGCAUUUGUGGGAGCAAUAUACAAAUUCAAAUGAUCAUAUCAAUUAG